AGAGUUGUAGUCAGCUCGUUCUGCAGACAGACGGCGCCGUUCAGACAUCCGUCUGUUCUACCGUGAUCUAGCCGACCCAGCUGUGUUGAAAGCCUUACGAGUGCUUCCACUUCCGCAAGUUCUUUUGGUCGUCUGCGGUGUUCGCUUAAACGUCGGAUCUCAAAGCAUGAGCUCCAAAGUGACCCGUGACAUGCUGUACGACUGCGUCAACGCGGUCUUGCGAGAGUCGGCGCGGAACCGCCGCAAAUUCGUCGAGUCGGUGGAGCUGCAGAUCUCGCUCAAGAACUACGAUCCACAGAAGGACAAGCGUUUCUCUGGAACCGUCAAGCUGAGGCACAUCCCUAGGCCGAAGUUCCGUGUGUGCAUUUUGGGUGAUCAACAACACUGCGAUGAGGCCAGAGUCAACAAUCUCGACUGUAUGGACGUUGAGCAACUGAAGAAGCUCAACAAAAACAAGAAGCAAGUGAAGAAACUUGCCAAGAAGUAUCAUGCGUUCAUGGCGUCUGAAUCGCUGAUCAAGCAGAUUCCGCGUCUACUGGGUCCUGGUCUGAACAAGGCGGGCAAGUUCCCCACGCUGCUUACCCACAAUGAAUCUAUGAUGACCAAGCUUGACGAUGUGAAGGCCACAAUCAGGUUCCAGAUGAAGAAGGUACUGUGCCUUGCAGUUGCCGUCGGACAUAUCCGGAUGAGUGCAGACGAGCUGGUGCUGAACCUCACCCUGGCCAUCAACUACCUAGUAUCUCUUUUGAAGAAGAACUGGCAGAACAUUCGUUCCCUGCACAUAAAGUCCACCAUGGGUCCGCCCCAGAGACUCUACUGAGCCCUGUUUUGGUGUACAGCGUUAGGUGGCUCAUUAAAUGCGCAUCACCUUG